CUGUUCCUGUAGAAUCACUCUCGCUCUCAUCGGACUCUCGUGGCUCGUGAUGGGAACGACUCUGGUCGGAUUUCUGCCUGAAAGCAGUGCGAAGACGUGGCUCAGCGAACUGGUUCACGUGACCUGCUACAGAAUCUGUGCCAGAGGUUUGUCAGCGACCGUCCACUAUCACAACAGAGAGAACAAACCUCAGAAAGGAGGAAUCUGUGUUUCUAAUCACACGACACCGAUCGACGUCGUGAUUCUGGCCAAUGACGGCUGCUACGCGAUGGUGGGUCAGGUUCACGGAGGUCUGAUGGGGGUCAUUCAGAGGUCGAUGGUCAGGUCGUGUCCCCACGUUUGGUUCGAGAGGUCGGAGAUGAGAGACCGUCACGCGGUGACCAGCAGACUGAGAGCUCACGUCGCAGCAAGGAACAAACUUCCCAUCCUGAUAUUUCCUGAAGGAACUUGCAUCAACAACACGUCGGUCAUGAUGUUUAAGAAAGGAAGCUUUGAAAUCGGAGGAACCAUCCACCCCGUCGCCAUCAAGUACGACCCUCGGUUCGGCGAUGCGUUCUGGAACAGCGGUAAAUACAACAUGGUCAGUUACCUGCUCCGCAUGAUGACCAGCUGGGCCAUCGUCGUCAACGUGUGGUACCUCCCCCCCAUGACCAUACAGGACGGUGAGGACGCAGCUCAGUUUGCCAACAGAGUGAAAUCUGCCAUCGCUCUUCAGGGCGGACUCCUGGACCUGGACUGGGACGGAGGACUGAAACGAGGGAAAGUGAAGGAUUCUCUGAAGGAGGAGCAGCAGAGGAAAUACAGCAGCAUCAUCACUGGACAGAGCAACACGGACGAGCAGUGACAUCACCGCGAGGAAUUUCAUUAAUUAAGACGUUUUUUUAAAAUCAAACCUCAGCUCAGAUCUUUAUUUCUUCCUGACGUCCUGGUUGUAAUGACGUGUUUUCACCAGCAGGAGGCAGCGUGUGAUAACAGUUGACUCAGUCAGGAUCAUGUGACGCUUUAAAAUGAACCGGAUCAAAUAUUAUGUUCAAAUUGUUAUUAUCUGUUUUUAAAUGUGUUUUUAAACUGGA